AUGUCCGCUUCCACUCGAGGAAAAGAUUUCUCCCUCGAUGGUUUAUUCGGGGUGAAAGGGUUAGAUGUGGUCAUCACAGGUGCAGGAACGGGAAUUGGUUUAUAUAUGGCAAAGGGGUUUGCCGUCAAUGGGGCUAUAACACAUAUCGUUGGACGUAGACAAGCCAAGCUGGAAGAAGCUAAAGAGACGAUAUUGCAUCUCAACCCUAGUGCUCAAGUCGUCAUACAUGCAGCAGACAUUUCAUCCCGAUCUGAAGUCGAUGUGCUUGCCAAAUCUCUCAAGAAAGUAGACGUUCUCAUCAAUUGCGCAGGAAUUGUACUACCUGAUCCACCAUGUACCCAUCUCACUCCCUUACCAGAGCUCCAAAAAGCCUUACUCGCUUCACCUCCCGAAACGUGGUCUCAAACAUUCUCAGUGAACGUUGAAAGCGUCUUUUACCUUUCAGUCUCUCUCUUACACCUUUUGGCGGCUGCGCCAGAUGGAGGAAGGAUCAUGAACGUCUCGUCGAUUGGUUCGACAAUGUCUGAUCCAAACACUCAUCAACCGGCCUAUCAGGCUUCCAAAGCUGCUGUGAAUCACUUGACGAGGUUGUUGGCUAGUAAAUUUAGGGAACACGGUGUAAGGGUCAAUGCUAUUUCUCCUGGCUACUUUCCUUCCCAAAUGCAAAAUCCGAAUAAUCCCAACGGCAUGUUAGCGAGAUCCAAGGAAUUGGUACCAUUGAAAAGAGGAGGUGAAGAAGAAGAUGCAGCAGGAACGGCAAUCUGGCUAGCAAGUAGAGCAGGUAGUUAUGUGGACGGUCAAAUUAUACCUCUGUCCGGCGGGAGAGAUUGGGGAUAUUGA